CCAAGUCUACCAUCUAGCGGCGCAUGCAAUAUAUGCAGAUAUGUUGAAAUCUAGUACGCAUUUCCAUUCUGAUUCAAAUGCACGAACAAAUACACUGGUAUAGAAUACAAAAAUCCCACCACGUAUUAGAUGGCAUCGGUAUGCAUGUGUGCGUAUGCGUGUAUCUGUGAAUGAGCGUGAAAGAGACAACUACAAGUCGGUAUUUUGACGAAUAUGAUUUUUUUUUAAAUGUAAAUCCAGCGAACAAGUUUUGAAGUUGGAGUUUUCAUUCAAUUCUAUCAAAAUUCUGAAUUCAUACGUGUAAACAACAAGCAAUUUGAAGCAGGACCCCCAUUCUCAAAUCGAUAAAUUCGAUACAAAGUGUCCAUUUCGAAUAAUUUUACACUUGUGAGCCAAAUAAGAGGUGUAACUCCAAACAAUUGCGGCUUCUUCAGUCCAAUUUCCUGAAAAUUCGUGUCGAAACCGACACACACAAAAAAAAACAGACCAAAAACAAAAGAAUAAGGCGCGGUUACAGUAGACGUUAUUCAAUUGGUUCGAGACUUUAAAUUUCAUUGCAUUCGAAAUAAAUUGAUUAAUUAAGUACGAGCAGAAUGGAAGAGAUUAGUGAUCCCGAGAAAGUUCGCAUCGUAUCCGAUUUCAUAUUGCAUGCACCACCCGGUGAAUUUAACGAAGUAUUCAACGAUGUUCGAGAACUGCUGAAAAAUGAUGGUCUACUUAAAGAAGGUGCAAGCCAUGCAUUCGCACAAUACAAUAAAGAUCAAUUAACGCCGGUUCGAAUAGAAGGUUCCGAUCAUCAAACGAUUAUCACAGAAUUCAACGAUUUGGGUGGUAGCCGUUUUUACGAUCCACGAACGAAGCAAUCAUUUAAAUAUGAUCAUUUGCGAAAAGAGGCCAGUGAAUAUCAGUCGUACGAACCUGAUUCAUUGGCCGAACUAUGGCGAUCUGCUCUUGAUAUUGAGACAUUAGCAUAUACCGCCAAUCAUUAUCGGCAUGGUGUUUCGUCAGUAUUUGGUCGCUCACAAAAUGGCCAAAUUACUUUAAAUGUUUGCAUCGAGGAUCAUCAAUUUCAACCGAAAAACUUUUGGAACGGUCGAUGGAGAUCACAAUGGCAUUUUACAUUCACACCAGGCAGUGGCAGUGCAUGUGAACUGAAAGGUGUUCUAAAAGCACAGAUCCAUUACUAUGAAGACGGUAACGUACAAUUAGUGUCUGCAAAGGAAUGUCGCGAAUCAAUUAUUGUAACAAAUGAAGUGGCCACGGCUAAAGAGAUCAUUCGUAUAAUUGAAGAAGCAGAAAAUGAAUAUCAAUCGGCAAUAUCGGAAAACUAUCAAACCAUGUCAGAUACCACGUUUAAGGCGUUGCGAAGACAAUUACCGGUCACUCGAACGAAAAUAGACUGGAGCAAAAUUGUGUCAUAUAGCAUUGGAAAAGAGCUAAAAUCACAAUAAGAACAAUUUGAGCAAUUUUGAAUGAAAAAAAGAAGAAGAAAACAAAAUUAACAACAAACAAACGAACUGAAAAACAGAAACAGAUCAUUUGCAAUAAAAUAUGCCAAAUGAGCCAUUUUUUUCAGAAUCAAUUGAAUAAAUAAAUCGAUAAUUGAAAGGGAAAGGCUUUUUUGGUCAAAAUGUGAACUAAAUAAGAAAAUCGAAAAAAAGAAAAUUAUGCGAAAAUCACAAUAAAUUCCAAUGGAAGCCUUUUUCACUCAUAAUUACAUGCAUUAUACGAAACAUUAAUUAUUAUUCAAAUUGUAGAUAAGUGGCAAAAUAUGGCAUACGGAAAUCUAUUCCCAUUCAAAUCGAUUCCAAAAUUUUAAUUUAAUUGAAAAAAAAAUAAAUAAAAAAAACAACAAUAAUAAUUUAUUGCAAAAUGGCAAUGGAAAUAAAUGCGUUAUGUUCCUUAUAUCCCAUAAUAAAUCUAAUAUUCAAACAUUGUAAUUCAACGGAUUUGGGGAAUCUGUUUUCAGUUCACUUGCCACAAGAGUUCGAAUAAAUUAAAAAAGGUUGUUGAAUUCAGUCAUAAAAUCUGACUAGAAAAACUCCG